GCAGCCUACUCGCGCUUAGGUCAAGCGUAAGCCCGAGCGGCGAGCGUUAAGCCAGAGUCAGCGUGCGCGAGCUCCGCCGCCCGUCGCCGCCGCCCUGCUCCAGGUGCUCAGGUCUUCUUCGGGCCCUUCGCCGGCGAGCACCAACAGGAAGGGGGAAAAUUAUUCAGGAGAUCCAGUAACUAGAAAAUGAAUAAGGGCAAGAUUUUCAAGUUGGCUAAGGGAUUUAGAGGAAGGGCGAAGAAUUGCAUCAGGAUAGCAAGGGAGAGGGUCGAGAAAGCCUUGCAAUAUUCGUACAGGGACAGGCGUAACAAGAAGAGGGAUAUGAGAUCCCUUUGGAUUGAGCGCAUCAAUGCUGGUACACGAUUGCACGGGGUGAAUUAUGGCAACUUUAUGCAUGGAUUAAUGAAGGAGAACAUCCAACUCAAUAGGAAGGUGCUCUCAGAGCUGUCGAUGCAUGAACCUUACAGCUUCAAGGCGCUUGUUGAUGUAUCCCGCACAUCAUUUCCAGGGAACAGGCCUGUCAGAAAGGAGGGUCUAGCAGCUAUCCUGUGAAGCAUAUUUUCCAAUGUGUCACUGAAUUCAUUAUGGUCUUCCCUUCCUUGCAAUUCAGAGUUACUAAUCCUAUCUAGUAGCUUGUAUUACGUGGUGACUCAUGUAAUUUGCAUUACUAGUAUUUCUGCUAUUCCCUUCUGCUACUACUUUUGGAAGACAUGACUGAACUGAAACACCUAAUUACACAUUAUUGUUCUUUUGGGCCCCGUCAGUUAUGACUGAACUGAAACACCUAAUUACAUAGUAUUGUUCUUUUGGCCCCCGUCA